AUGAAGGAAAUGUUUAUCAAUGUGGAGUACUGUGGCUUAUCGAAGUGUUGUGUUCAUUGUGGGGUCUUUGGACAUGAUUGCUCACUGCCUCUGUCUGGAGCUCACACUAAGAAGGUCUGGAGGAAGAAGACCCCGCUGAUUGUUUCUAUUGAGCCUGCAAUGGUUUCCACGAGCCAGAUAUCUGAGGCAACUCAAGUUCUCCAAGCUGCACUGAAGGGCAAAGCCAUUGUCGAGAGUCAGGAGAUAACACCAGCACCUGCUACUAGCCAGGAGAUACCAGCCUCACCAGCACCUGUUACACCAAGUACACUACCUUCGCAGGAAGAGUUUAACAAGGUCAUCAAUGGUGUGAAAUCCAGAUCAACCAAAAAGAGUUCGAUUCCCAUAUUACAUUCCAAUGCUUUUGAUGUUCUCUGUGGAUCGAGGGAUAUUUGUUUACAGGCGCCUCCACCAAAGAAGACAGGGAGGGAGGGACUAAGGAAAAGGGGGGAAGCCACCAAGGUGGCUACUCUUCAUAAAUGA